AGAGUCCAUGUUGUUGUGCCCAACCUGCUGUAGAUGAACUGUGCUGCUUUUUGAGAAUAAAGCAUGGUGCUUGAGAUUGUUUUAAGGGUUUCCUGGAUUUGUUUCCUGCUUUUUAGCAGUGGAGCUUGUUUCCCUGUAACAACAAAUGAUUCAGCCCAAACUAGUUCAGAUGUAAGCACCAGUGAUGGAAAGGUUGGCACUGGCCCUGGCUCUGGACCUGACGGCUCUACUGGAGAAGGGUUUGACCCUAGCCCUGAUAAGUCCUCUGAAAAAGAGUCGGGCCCUGGCAGCUCUGCAGGAGGCUGGUCCUUUGGUGCUGAUGGCUCCACUGGAGGAUGGGUUGGCCCUGGCAGCUCUACAGGAGGCUGGUCCUUUGGUGCUGAUGGCUCCACUGGAGGAUGGGUUGGCCCUGGCAGCUCUACAGGAGGCUGGUCCUUGGGUGCUGGUGGCUCCAGAGCUGGAAGAUGGGUCUCUGGUGCCAGUGGCCACACUGAAGGGGUUGGUCCAAGAUGGGCUAGUGGCUAUAACUUUGUUGGAGGCUUUCCUCAAGGUUUUCCUGCAGUGAGCUCUCCCUUUUUCCACACAUGGAACUGGAUACCUUCUCGUCCCUUCCCCGACUUCAGUGCCUGGUAUACUUAUGAGGCGCCACUGAGCAUGGUUGCGCAACCCCCACAAAUGCCUUCAUCCUAUGUUGUCCAGACUGGAAAUGGCUACCAGCGAGGAAGAGAAGUCCUUUCCCACUCCAAAUACUCUAACAAUAUUUUUGGCUACCCUCCUCAGAGUCCUGUACUGCCACAGUACCCAGGAAGUGUUCCAGUGACUGGAUCUCAAUGGACAAAGGUCUACUGAG